GAAUUUAAUAUAAUAUAGUUUUGCCAUCAACAAUAUUAUUUACAAUUACAUUAAAGUUCAUUAAAAAUAAACAACAACCAUCGUCCUAAGGGGAGUUUGUUUGACUCAGUUUUUUGUGAUCUCCUCACAUUUUGUGAACUACAGCAGCAGCAUUGAGAAAAUAGCGGAUAAUUAAUAAUUUCUGGAGUUUACAUCUAAAUAAAACACAACUACUCUUUGUUGCAUCUGGUUUAUUUCUCUAUAACAAAUCGAAACAUUGCAACAGAAGCUCGUUGAGUAUCUUUCAAAUGAGUUUGUCUUCUAUAAGUGUUCUAAAAACGAGGUUCCCUGAACGCAACAUGACCGUCUCUCCAUGGUAACUGAGAGACGCUGAACUCCUCUCAACAUGGCGGCGCUUGGUGCUAGGAUGCUAACGCUAGCAGCAUGUUAGCCUGCUCCGCUGAGUCUAAACUAGUUUGUGCGGGGAUUUAACGUGGGAAUCGAACCCGUGGAUGUUGCCUAACGACGCUCUGUUUGUAUUCACGCAGCGGUUUGUUCGGUUUUCUCCGGUUUCCCCCGGUUUCUGCUCCACUCUCCCAGUUAGCUUAGGUGCUAGCUGGGUCGUUCCCAUCGCCGCUCAUGGCUUUCUACGAAGUGUACUCUCAUCCGGCUCUGGUUCGGUACAAGACGAGUGUUUGCACCAAGGCGUCCGUGUUCCUGGUCGUGGUCCUGGGCCUCACGUACAUCGCCCCCCUGCUGGUCGCGUACAGGAGCCAAGGGUUCUGGAUCAAAGUGAGCAGCUACGAGGAGCAGCCGGUGGUGCGGUACCAGUACCAGGCUCUGCUGGUGGCAGCUACCGGUCCGCUGGGGGACUACGUGGCCUGGAGCACCUUCCCCAACCUGAACCACAUGCUGGGGGCCAAGCUCCGGAUCCCUGUCGUCUCUGUGAGAGAAGAGGACACGAACCAGGACGGGAAGUUUGACCUCCUGACCUUUAAACUGCAGCUGCCCCUGAACGCAGAGGAGCAUGUGACCAGCGUCCAGCUGCUGCUCAGCUUCAGCUACCAGCUCUUUCGGAUGUCCACGGUGGUGAUGCAGAGCCUGGUCUACGUGCAGCACUCGUCUUCUGUCCCUGGAGCGAAGCUGUUCAUCAGUGGAGACCUGAGGCUGCAGCAGAGGACGCCCCUGCCUCACCGAGGACUCUACAACGUUUACAAUGUGUCUGUGAUCGACGGCUCCAGCCCCUUUGCGAGUGCGUAUGACCUCGAGGACAUCAUCAGGAGAUACCAGGAAAGAAACUUGACCACCGUGCUGUCCUGUCCCAUGCCGGUGUGGACAGUGGGACGAGCUGCUGGUUCCCCCUUUGAGCUCAAUGCAGAGAUCCGUUACCCAGUGGAGGUCAUUACCUAUCGCCCCGGGUUCUGGGAAACGAUCAAGUUCGCCUGGAUCCAGUACGUCAGCGUCCUGCUCAUCUUCGUGUGGCUCUUUGAACGGAUCCAGAGAUAUGUUUUCCAGAACCAGGUUCUGACCACCGUACCCAUACCAGUGGGAAAAGCUCACCUGUCGUGAUUCACUGGUAGUGACUGGACCCUCAUGUCAGAAUCACAUGUCUCACAAUGACUCAGCCUGAAGUUCAUGGUUGUGUGUUGACCAGAGCAGGCGGCGCUCCGACAGUUUCCUCUUUCCACUUCUGGGUCGGGUUCUUUAUGAAAACACGCUGAAAGAUCUCAUCUUCUCCAGGACAGGUCUCUACACCUGACCUCCACGACCGAAACACACCUGUUCUUCUUUCUCUGCUGUUAUAUUGAUUAUUUUAAUGUAUAUAAAUAGAUUUUUUUAAAAUAUUUUUACUAGUUGUAUGUUCAUGACCAUUUGUAAAAGCAGUUUUGUUGAUCUGCUUAUUUUUGUACCGUUCUAAAGCUUUGGUUAAAUAAUAAUAAAUAGAUUUAUACAUUUGAA